AAAAAUACAACAGAAGAUUUGCAUAGUAUUAUUAUUAUAUCAUAUAUGAUCAUGGAAAGAAAAGCAGUGUCAUUUCUUUUGAUGUGUGUGGUUAUCGGGAUGCUUGCAGGGCAGUCCAAUGCUUGGUUUAAGGAUUUCAAAACUUGCUUAAAGGAUUGUCUGGUUCAAUGCGCUAUUCCACCAUGGACUCCAAUUUGCCCUGCCAGUUGCCUUGCUAAGUGCAUUAUCCACCCAUCUUAUACCACUUCCACUGACACUACUCAUCAAUUCUGUACUGUUGGUUGUGCUACAUCCUUGUGCUCCAAGCUCAUCACCAAUCCCAACCCUAAUCUGGAACAAGUGGAAAGUUGUGUGAAUGGUUGUUCAGGAACAUGCACCAAGAACUACGUGCCAGUAAAUUGAUGGAAAAAGGACUUAUGCUUAAUUUGAUAGUUCAAGAGGGGUGUCCUUGGGCUUGAAGAUUAAUUUCUAUGUCAAACACAUGAUAUCCAUAGUCAGUACAUAUAUUACUAAUACAUACACACCUUAAACUCUAAAACCAGUUUAAUUGUCUUUGCUAUGUGAUGGGCGACUCAUAUCGUAUGUGAUGUACGUUUACAUUUCCAGUAGUUGUUUAUCCAAAUUUCUUGUUCAAGUAUUAAGCUUUAUAAAUUAUUCUUCAAGUUUAUUUGGAUUGA